AUGGUGCCCAGAAGAAUUGCCUUAUUUGGUUCGGAAGGGGGGGGGGGGGGACCCGAGAAUUGUGCGCAGACUGUUCUAUCUUCUGGCUUCCAGCUGGGAUUUGGCGUCUCUUCGACAAGCAUACCGAAUUGUAGCCAGUCAACUGGGAAUAAGCACUUCCGACCCAAACAGGGAGAUGAGAAAAUUCGUGUUCAGAGACAUCUGAGUAACCCGGAGUCUGGAAGAUGGCUGCUCAUUCUUGAUAAUGUGGACGAUCAUGGUUUGUGGACUAAAACCAAGAAUCCAGCAUCUGAACACCUCAAGAACUAG